UCGCAUCAUUUUUUACUAUCAUCAGCAUAGACUUAUUAUAGAAAGGCUGCACCUCCAGCUACAGUAUAAAAACGAAUACCCAGUUUCAUGACCGAGAGUUUUAUUUACAGGUUGCAAAGGAAACAGUUCCACUUUUGACGUUAGGAAUACGUGGAGUUGGAAGGCAAGCGCUACUUCGGGCUCGAUGUCGACAAGUAAAUGUACCCCAUUCGGGCCUACCAUGGAAAGUACAUAUCCGCAAGGUUCUGGUGAAAUUUUUGUAUGAUAAAACAAAAGAUAUGGGAUACUUUAAUCUUUCGUUACAGUAAACCAAGAACGAAGGUUACUGUUUAGUCCGUAUCCGACCAGCAAAAAUACUAAGAAAAAAGAGAAGACUUUAACAUUAUCGUUUAUCUGUCUGUGGUCAACAGAAUCGUUUGAAUUUCCAGCUUGGAUGAAAAUGGGAGAAAACUGGAAGUGCUUCCCAUUCCUGUAGAUGGUUACUCCGUGCGUGGUCUUAAGGAAUUCAAUCGGCAUGGUAAAUUUUACUUGAGACCGAUUCAGACAGAUCUUGACAUAUCUGAUGCUAAGCAGUGACAGUGACAGUGCCAACAAGGCAGCAAUGCAAGACUUAGUGAGGGGAUACCAGAAGUGUAAAUCCGAAGAGAUUAUUGACGUUGUAAUUAGGCGAAAGAAAAUAUGGAAUUGCACGAUUUCGACCAUAAGGACCCAGAAGGAUUUCAACUUCUUAAAAGUCCCACAUGUCCACUUUUCGGGAGAGGAGGCGGUUGAUCUCGGUGGGCCAAAGAGGGAAUACUUUUGGCUGAUCACACAAAAACUCCAUCAAGUUGGAGUGUUUGAAGGUCAUGGAGAUCGCUUACUUUUCACGCAUGACAUAGACCUUUUACAAAAGGAAUUUUAUCGCCAUGCAGGGCAAGUGAUAGCAUGGAGUGUUCUGCAUGGCGGGCCAGGUUACCCACACAUACACCCCGGGUUGCUAAAAAUGAUGUGUGGGCUAAACCCCGGUCAUAUCGAACACAGUGACAUCGUAGAUGAAAGUGUGUCACCUAAACUUGCCAUGAUUGCAAAUAUCCAAACGGACCUUGAUGCCAGGGAUGCCAUUUCAGCAGUGGGCGACUGGGCGGCCAGCAAUGGUUGUAAUAGGAUAUAGUCCCUUAACACCGACAACAAGGAUAACAUGCUGCAAGCUCUAAUUAAGCAGCAUAUGUUCUAUAGGUGCAAAGCAGAAAUUGACCAGUUUAAAGAAGGAAUGGAUUUCGUUGGUGGGUUUUGGAGCCUUGUCAGUCAAAAUCCACCUCUGCAUCACAUAUUUCUUUCGAGAAAUAAUGCAUUAAACUUUACGACAUUUAAGCAGUUGUUCCGUGUGAACUGGUCAGAACACGAACCACUCAAGGACGCAGAAGAAGACACAAUUUACUGCUGGGAACAGUUUUUGCGCAUGUGCUGUGGUAUGUAAACACGCAAACUGAACUAUUUCCUAUAUUAUUUUCAUACAGAGAUGUUAAAAUAAUAUAACAUAGGCCUAAUUAUAUUUUCCCUGUAGUUAUCUAAAAUAGGAUAAGUUAUUCAAAACGACUGAUCAAAUACAAAUUAAGUAUUAAAACUUACAA